GUCAUCCGGUGAUUCGCCCACCAUCGCGGUACGUCAAGACGUGUAAGUGAACUUAUUCUGGGUUUGCCACCAGAGGACCCACAUAUAACCAUGCUCCUCCGGCCGGACUCAAUGCGCCCUGCCGUCCCACCUUUGUACAAACUAUGCCUUCUGACCAACCUCCCCCUUCGUCAGACCCACGACGGGAAGCGCAUCGACCCACGCUCCCCCCAAUUCGAGACAUAUUUGGGAGAGAACUGUCCGAGGCAGUUCCCCCUCAGCAGGGGCGGGCUUCCGCUUCCCCCCAAAUUGCAUUCCAACGGCUGGCCCUAACGGACGACGAUCGCCGACAACGAACAGGCUCGCCUGCUCCAGGAUCGCGUGGCCAUGCAUCGUCCUCGCAUCCACAGGCGGCGUACUACAGUGCUCCCGGUCCAGCGGAGACGGGUUCCCAUGCUAGGACAGCGUCUGUCUCGGCACAGCGCCCGUAUGUUUACGGCGCGCCGCCCCCUCCCGGACAACAACACGGCCAUCACGGUCACGGGCAGCAUCCGUCCUACCCUCAGCAGCGGAUGAGCAGAGGCGAAAUGCCCACUGGCGUGUAUCCUUACGCUGCUCCGCAGUCCCAGUACCCGGGGCAGCACAUGCCAGUGGCGAGUUCCUCCAGAGGCACAACCGAGGCGACGCAGCCAGAGCGGUCCGCAGCCUCGCGGUACGAGUGCAGUUACUGCCACAAGGGAUUCACUCGCCCGAGCAGUCUCAAGAUCCAUAUCAAUACUCACACCGGGGAGCGACCCUUCACUUGCCCACAUCCAGGGUGUGGCCGCAGCUUCAGCGUCCAAAGCAACAUGCGCAGACACGCUCGUGUCCACGAACGGGGCAGCGACUCUCAAGCUGAUGUAGCGGAUGAAGACCUGGACGAAGGAGAACUGUCCGCGUCUAGCAAUGACAAGGAGAGCAGCCAGCGCAAGCGCUGAUGCUGUCGGUCGUCAACUCUCUCGACUCAUUCGCAUCUUGUGGCUAUAGCAUACGUAGUAUCUAUUCAGUUCGGGCUCGCUGGCGCUAUUUAUUCGCGGAACUGCUAGAUGUAUCAUGCCUGUACACGUACUGUAUAACAAUUGGCA